AUGUAUUCAAAUAAUAUGGCAUUGUCGACUUAUGGCACUGAAUUACCAUUUCGUCAAAGUGUUGCCAAAUUUCCAUCGGAACGAACAGCUCAGGAUUUAACUAUAAUUAAUGGUUAUUUAAAAAAUUUGGAAGCAUUAUCAUCAUUACGUGAAUCACAUAUUCGUCAUUUAUGUAAAACAAUUCGAUAUGAAAUUCAUGAUGCUAAUCAUGUUUUAUUCAGUCGUGGCGAAUUAAAUACCUGUUGGUAUAUUCUUUUAUCCGGUUCUGUUUUUAUCGAGUCCACAAUGUAUUUACCAAGAGCCAGUUUUGGUAAACGAACUUCUAGUAAUCAAUAUCGGAUCAAUGAAUGUGUUGUACUUGAAUCAUCGGAAAUGCUUGUUAUUGAUUAUCCCGAGCUUGAUCACGCUGUCCAUAGUCACGAAUCAUUGAAGCAUAUCACUGGUAAACAUAAUUAUCAAAACGAACAAGCAAUCACUCCCGUUGAAGAACAACAAAGUAUUAUUAUGGAUUCAAGUGUAACAAUGAAAAAUUAUCGAAAAAUAAAUCCACAAACUAAACAUCGUUCUUUUACAAUAAAUACAAUGAACGAUAUUCCACCAUCAAUGAUUCGUAGUUCACAUUCUCGUGCUAGUGAUACAUCAAGUGCUUAUUCCGGAUCAGAUGUUAUGCAAUCAUCAACUAAUGGUGAAGAUCUUUUAAUGAUAAAUAAUGGUGAAAAUUCUUUAGGACAAAAUGAUGAUGGAGGAUUAAGUCGUUGUAUAAGUGCCCAUGAAACAGAUGAUGAAUCAGAAACAUCAUCAGAACAUUCAUUCCCUAUUCAUGAUCAUAUACGUGAAUCAUUAUUAAAAGAAGCAAAUGAACGUACUGAUGAUGAUAUUGAAGCUAUUCUAGAAUGUCUUCUUCAUUUUCCUGCAUUUGCUAAUUUAACAUUACAUGUUCGACGUGAAUUAUGUAAAGUUCUUGUUUAUGCUCAAGUUGAAAAAGCUCAAACUGUUGUUAUGAAUGAUGGUGAACGUUAUGAUUCUUGGUCAGUUAUAAUCAAUGGUAUUGUUGAUGAUGAAACAAUUGAUGGACAACUUAUACGUACAUUAACUGUUGGACAAAGUUUUGGUUGUGGUCCAACACUUGAUCAAUAUUGUCAUACGGGUAUAAUGAAAACACGUGUUGAUAAUUGUCAAUUUGUUGUUGUUGCACAAAAUGAUUAUUAUGCUAUAUUAAAUCAAGGCGAAAAAAAUAUUCGAAAAAUUGAAGAAGAUGGUAAAAUUGUUAUAAUUAAAGAAAUACGUAUGAAUGAUGAUGAACAAAAUAUACUACGUGAAAUAGUUAUAAAAGCAACAACUGAAAAAUUACUUGAUUUACUUGUUGAAGAAUUACAAUUAAUAAAUGAUCCAAAUUAUGUUCAAGAUUUUCUUUUAACUUAUCGAACAUUUCUUGAUAGUCCAAUAAUAGUAACAAAUAAAUUACUUAAAUAUUUUGAUCAAUAUAAAAAUUCAAUAAUAUGUGAACAUAUUGCACGUGUUGUUUUAUCAUGGGUUAAUAAUCAUUAUAAUGAUUUUGAAACAAAUAUAAAAUUAUAUGAAUUUCUUGAAAUAUUUGAUGAUCGUUUAGAAAAUCAUGAAAUAGAACACAUUCGAUCAUGGAGACAUUUAAUAAAUUUAGCUUGUUAUACAAAAGCUACUAUACGUAAUAUUACUUUAACAAGAUCAACACGAGAUGAUGUUUUAAAUUUUAAUAUACUUGGAGGAACUGAUACACUAGCAAAUAAUGGAAUAUUUGUAUCGAAAGUUGAAAAAAAUUCCAAAGCUUAUGAAGCUGGAUUAAGAAGAGGUGAUCAGAUUCUUAGUGUUAAUGGACAAUGUUUCGAUUAUCUAACUCAUGCUCGUGCACUUGAAAUUCUUCGUUGUACAACUCAUUUAUCAUUAACUGUAAAAAAUAAUCUUAUGGGUCUUAAUGAUAUUGUUCAUCCUGAAAAAUCUCCUGGUCGUAAAAAACGUCAAGAUAUGUCAAAUUAUGAACAAGAAAUUCAAAAUAGAUUAAAUAAUUUAUCUCCUUUACGUUCAACAGUAACAACUCCAUCACCAAGAAGUCAUACAUCAUCUAUAUUAAUGAAUAGUCCAUCGGAUUCUUAUGCUACUGAUAAUUCAUCAUCAAUAAAUCAAAUUCGUCCACCAUUAUUAGCAAUAACACCAGCAAAAUCUAAUCUUUCAACAACAUAUACAGAAAAAACAAAACCACGUCCAUUAACUAAACGUAUGGGUUUUAAGCGUGCCGUUAUGCAAAGAUUUAAAAUGACGAAACAUAAUAAGUAA